AUGGCUGAAAAGAAAACACAAGAAAAUCCACUCCCCGAGGGUUCUGCUGAUUCUCCCGAGCAGCUUAAAGACGCUGCCCCUCGGCCUGUGAAGGUUGUGACACCCAACCCUGUAUCAUCUCCUCGGUUCAUACCCUCGUUCACAAAAACACCACCAAAUGAAUUGUAUAGGAAACUGUUGCCGGCCAUGUUGUUUGUACUAACAUUUGUCACUGUUAUGACUGUCCUCUUGAUAUACAUGGAUACCGUCGCAUUGGGAGCUCAACAGUUUCGUUUGAACAUGUCUCGUGACUAUGAGCUGGCUCGCAUCUCAGCCGAGUCCCCAACAUUUGUGGAGUACGUCCGACAGAGACAGGAACACCUAGCAUCUAGACCUCGAAGACCUUCAUCACCUCCACCCACUACUACGCCACGAGUUGAAGUUCUAGAUAGGAUACUGGGCAAGAUUGAUAACGGGACUCUCGUGGAGUUUCUAUCAUCGGGCGCGCGGGACCCCACAGCCUUGGUGUUGGAGGCUCGUGGGUGGCGUGGUCUGGCGGUUAGGGCUGCGCCAAGGGACUUCCUCUCCCUACGAGCCUCCAAAACGCUCCACGCCUGCCUUUCACCAGGGCCUCAUCCUCGGGAAGUUAGUUAUGCGGAGCUAGACACAGAUGGCUCUGUAUUUCGUUCACGAGUACUCUGCCUACCGCUACUGACGGUCCUAUUAGCAGCAGAAGCGACCCGCGCUGAUUAUACUUCACUAGACGGGCCCGCAGCCCCCGGAGCCCUAGAGGCUCUGCCCUUUGAAAGACUCCGACUUAGAGUCGUUGAUGUACGAUCAGCUGAUAAGGACGUGCUGAAUAGAGCCUGGGAUGUAUUGAGAGCUAAUAAUUACAGCCUCGCAGCAAGCUUUGAUGACGGAAUGAUGUUCCAUCUAGAUAAAAAUGAGUGA